AUAUAUUAAAAUCAUCUAGGUAGUCAGCACACACAACCGACACAUAAUACACACACACCGUUUAAACAAAGAAAAAAAAUAUAGAGGAAAAUCGAAAAAAAAAAAAAUAAUAAUCAAACGGCGAAUAAAAUCAUAACUUGUUAUUGUAUCUAGCUAGCCAAUCGAGAAAGUUGCACCAGAAUCGCGUGCGACUUGGGCGCCCAGAAGUGUAGAACACAUAUCUUAAGCUGCACCAGAGACUCAUUGGAUCGCACCGAAUAAGUACAAAAUUCGUAGGAUCAAAGUUCAAGGUGUCCAGAAUCCAGCCACGGACCAUCCGGGCCAGAAGGCCGAAGGCCAAAGGCGGCAAACUGCAACGAAUCCCGAGUACUGAGCCACUUUGACAACUGGUUCCAAUCCGAUUUCUUUUCCACUUUUGAUAGUUUUAUAUUCAGACCUUCCUAAUCGCUGCCGCUCCAGGAUGGUCAUCAAUCUGAAUCCGGCCACCUCUUCGAACGCCAAUGCCAGCGGUGGCAGCGUGGGCGGUGGCAGCGGUGGCGGCGGCACCGGCGGCGGUGGUGGUGGCGGUGGCAUAAGCAGCGCCGGCAGCCAGAGCGGCAGCAUCAUUGGCGGAAACGGAAACGGAGGCGGAAACGGUAACGGCAGUGGCAGUGGCAGUGGCAACAUUGCUGGUGGUGGUGGGGGUGGUGCAAGUGGUGGCGCCACCAGCAACCUGAUGGGCAUCAUCAGCCAUGGAGUAUUCGAGGGCACCAUCCACCUGCAUGUGGUAUGUGCGGGCGACUCGAACGCCAAGUGGAUCACCCUGGAGGAGGCGAUGGCCUACUGUCCCAGCGGCGUUGUUGCCUACACCAAACUGCAGCUGGCCGAGAUCUAUGGCGUGCCAAUGGACCUUCUGUUCGACUGAUGACAAGGCACAAGAGCACCCGAUUCCUUGUGGGACUGCUGAUGGGAGUGUACUCUCCCUCCACCUGGACGACGAUGGUUUCGAUGGAUUCUUGAUGAGCUCCGAUUGGCUGGUACUUGUAUUAUAAGCAGGACCGUGGCAGAUGGCAUUUGAACUUUGGCACUGUUGGCAAAAUCUAGGAAUUCUAGCAUCGUUUCUUCUUGAUAGACUUACCGCUCUACAAAUGAGACCAAAUUUUUAGUUCCUGGCGUUAAGCGAUUUUUGCGUAGGCAGCAAUUAGGCAACUAUUAAAGAUAGCAUAGCGCAUACCAACCAGGUGGAAAUAUCCGAAAGAUAUAUAUAUUUAUGUUCGGUUCGAUAAAAAAAAUCAAACUGCUUGAGCUUCUUUGACUAGAGGACGACAUCUACUUGCGCAUGGCUUGAGAAAAACGUGUGGUUUUUGCUCAUACGAAAUGUAAAAAAAUACCUCGAAAUAUACUUUAAAAAUCUCAAAUAAUCUGUAUAAUCAUGCAAACAAAAUAAGAACUGAGCUUUAACGAAAAA